AUGCUUCCCGGACUCUACAAGGGUAUGUGUCCACGCUGUUCUGGUGUCAUAGUUGGCUCUUUAAUCGAUUUGCGACCCACUGUUCCCCUUUUAGAUCCUCUACUUGAGUGUAUCGGAAUCUGGGUGCCGAAGGCAUUCGAAUUGCUUCUACGCCUCGACGACGGUACUGCCGAAGAGAUCAAUCCACUUCUACCACUGGAUGGCGGUACGACAGAGGAUUCUCCCCUUCCGGACGUCUGUCCGCCGCCAUAUGAACUUGGAACCAUAGAGGACAAUCCUCUACCAGACAUCCGUCCGCCGCCGUGUGAGCUUGGGACGAUAGAGGACAAUUCCCUCCCAGAUAACUGUCCGCCACCGUAUGAGUCUGAGACCGUAGAGUACAAUCCCCUUCUAGAUACCUGUCUGCCCCCGUAUGAGCUUGGGACGACAGAAGAUACUCCUCGCGCACUGCGGACAUUGUUGUUGAUCGUACUGAGUCCGUCGGGUUGCGCUGAACCCCUGUGCCACAUGCUUCCAAAAUUUCGGCAGUCAGGGAAUGGAUCCGGCGCAUAG